AUGCGAGGUGGAAUUCCACAGUCUUGGGAGCACUCGCCGGAGCCCUACGCGCGAUCACGAGGAUUACAGGGAGAGGGUAAAGCUAUUCAGGGAGAACCCGGGAAACCUGGGACCGGUGGAAUACCUUGUCGCGAGAUCAGUAAAGACACUCUUCAAUGCUUUCUGGGGUAUGCCGAGGGUUAUCCAUACGAUCUCAACAAACCGGACAUUCUGCACAAUAUCUACCUAGGGAUGUUGAAGCACAUGAUGGAGUGGGUUCAGGCUUUCUUGAAGAAGCACAAUCGAUUGGAGGAAUUUGACAAGGCUUGGGCCUCGAUUGCGCCUUACCCUGGACUGGCAGUACUGAACAAGGCAUAUCGUGCCACAACCCAAUGGCAAGGGAAGGAGAUGAGAAAUCUGGGGCGGGUCGUUCUUGGAGCACUCGCGGCUGCUUUGAGAAACCCGGGGGUGGCUGUCAGGGGCGACUUUGCAAAGGCAUUGAAAUGUGUACGAGGCUUAAUCGACUUCCACUUAAUGGCGCAGUAUGGGAGUCAUACGACGAGCACACUGAAUUAUAUGGAGAGCUAUCUCGAGGAUUUCCAUAAGCACAAGGAUAUCUUUUUAGAAUUCCGGGCGUACAAGAGGACGGUUAAGGAUGCGAGAGAUCGGACAAAAGCUGUGAAGACCUCAGGCUCCCAGAGCGCUCAGCGAGGUUUGGAGGAGAUUCGCGAGAUACGGGAAAGGUCUCACUUCAACUUCAUCAAAUUGCACGUGUUAACGCACUAUCGGGAACAUGUCGAGCGCUUUGGGAGCAUUCCCCAGUACUCCACCGACAUCAGCGAACUCGCCCAUGUACGUCAGGUAAAAGAGGCAUACGGAGCAUCCAACAAGGUCGAUGCUGCAACGCAGAUACUGGACUAUGGGGGGCGGCGGUUGGCGUUAGAGAUUCGAAUGCUGAAUCUGAAAGACAUUGUUGGAGGUCCUGAGAGCACUGACGACAUCCUUUGGAGCCAUCGAGAUAACCUGAAGGAGUUACUUGAGAUUUUUAAAAUCGAAGACCGGAAAAAAACACCAAAUGAACGAUCCAUAGUAGAAGGCCGACUGCCUCUAAGGCGUCUUUGCAACCCCUCCACGAAAUCGGAAAGACUUUUCAAUAUUGCGGAUGGACUGCAAAUAAGCCAUACCACGUUAUAUCGCCUGAUAAAGGAGUAUGCAGAGGAUACGGGAUGCUCUCAAAGCUUUGCCGGAAGCUCUGAGAGCAUUUUAGAGCGCCGGGUGGAGAUGUUCACAUGUUUGCAGGUUCCGAUACCAAUCUUCCAAAGACCUGAGGUGUACGAGUUCACAAUAUCAGGUGUACGGGAAACGCGGCUUUUAGGAAAGGGAAAAUAA